AUGCAAAAAGUUUGCCAUUUAAAUGUAAUACAACUUCGGCAAAAGUUGCGCGAAGCCGGUUUGCCGACGUCGGGCAAUAAAGCGAAGUUAAUUGAACGUUGGUACGAAAACCAAUACAGCGAAAAAUUUUCGAGUGCUCUAAACGAUAGCGUAGAACGGCGGUUAAAUCAACUAGAAAGUGCUAUGCAAUCUGUGCGUGUUGAUGCAAGUGAGGUCGGCACCAUGCCAUUAAGUGCAUCCUCGCCAACACCAGUGGUGCAUAAUUCGCGUGAUGGUUUGUAUGUACAGGAUCACAUGAGCGGUAGGGCAGUACCAGAACCUACGAACAUGCCUGUGCAUAUUGAUCAGCAAGAUGGGCGCAUGCGCGAAGACAAAUCAACGUUAAAUUCAAUUUUUGCGCAAGCAGCGACGCCGGUUCAACGUCGUGUGCAGUUCAGCGAAGCAUAUUCUCGUGAAGCAGAGAGGAAUUGCCGAAGUGUCGCUGGAGCAGUGACGUCGCCUCUAGCGUAUAGAGGAGACAAUUCAACGCCAUACUCAUUUUCGCAUGUUGCUGAUGCGGAACGAAAUGAGAAUUGGUACAAUUCUUUUGCGACGAUGCGUACUGACAGUGGAAGAGGCAAUACGAUGCCAACGUAUGCGUGCUCACAUUCUGUUUCCACACCAUUUCACUGUGCUACACGAAGUGUAAAUGACAAUCAUUUUAUUUCCAAUGGGUUCGGAAAUGUAUGUGACAUUAUGAAAAUUCUGCCAACGUUUGAUCCUAGUGAUAAAAGCAUGUCGUCAACGCAGUUUGUUGGUCGAAUUGAACAGCUUUUACAAGUGUAUGGGUGGAACGAGAAAGUGCUUUUGUUUGCAGUACAAGCUAAUUUAAAGGGUGCUGCAAAAAUGUGGAUUGACUCUGUGCCGAUUGUUUAUGUAAAUUGGUCGAGAUUCGUUGAAGAAUUUUUAAAUCAAUUUCCGUCAAUUAUUAAUUCCGCGGAUGUUCACAUGGAACUAAUGAAUAUGCGCCGUGGCACGAACGAAAGCCCUGAUAUGUUUUAUUAUCGUGUUCUAGCUAAAGGUCACCAAGGUGGGGUGGAUAAUCAGGCAAUUAUAAAAUACGUAAUAAAUGGGUUGAAUGAUACCGAUAUGAAGCGAUGUUUAUCAGUGACGACAUAUGGUACGUGCAACGAUUUAUUGAGGGCAAUAUCGAAUUAUUGUGCUUAUAAUUCAACGAGAAAUUGCGCGACGGUUAAACAAGCAGUACCGGAUGCUCAAAACAAGCGUUCGACAAAUGAGAAAAAAACAAAAACUGAAAUCAUUUGCUACAAUUGCCGAAAAUCUGGACAUAUUUCGCGUGAAUGUACGGAAGAGAAAAGACGACCGAAGUGUGAGAAAUGUGGUACCAUAGGGCACCGUGGUUCGGAGUGUGUAAAGCAAAAGACAAAAUCGGAAAAUUGUAAUGCAAUCGAAGAUGAAGUUGUGAAAUUCACUGUAAAGACAAUUUUGUUGUAUGGCAAAGAAGUUGAUGCUUUUGUCGAUACAGGCAGUGCGCGUUCGUUAAUUCGAAAAUCGGUUGCAGACAAAUUUGACGAUUGCCACAAAGAAAAAUGUUAUGUACGCCUUAAAGGUUUUGGUGGUGGUGUUUACGAAUGCCAGAAUAAAGUAAAAGUCAUGAUGAAAAUUGAUAGUGCAGAAGAAUCAGCAUGGUUACUGAUUGUUGACAAUAAUAUGAUUGCAAAUGAUGUGUUACUUGGACGUGAUGUACUUUGUUCGGGUAAAAUGAAAUACAUUAUUGACGGCGAAAAUUUAUAUGUGCACGCGGAUGUGGUAAAGAACGUAAAUGCGAUUGAUGCUAAAUCGGAAGCGGGUCGAUUCGGUGAAUUAGACAAACUGUUGUGCAAACAUGAAAAACGCUUUUCCACGCUAGGAAAAGCAAAUGUAGUGAAGAUGGACAUUAAACUUACAACCGAUAAGCCAAUCAAUAUGAAACCAUAUAGAUUGCCGUUUGCAAAGCGACCUAUAGUGAAUACAAUUAUUCGUGACUUACUAGACAAAAAUAUAAUUCGUGCGUCGAAUUCUCCGUUUGCUUCGCCAAUAGUGCUUGUUGCGAAGAAAAAUAAUGAGUAUAGAAUGUGUGUCGAUUACAGGCAACUUAAUCGGGUUACAGUAAAGCAACCAUUCCCUAUGCCGAUCAUGGAUGAACUUUUCGCUGUACUUGCCGGUAAUCGAUAUUUUACGGUUUUGGACUUAAAUAUGGGCUAUCAUCAAAUCGAAGUUGAUGAAAGCACUAAGCAAUUCACUGCAUUUGUUACGAAUGACGGACAUUAUGAGUAUAAUCGGAUGCCAUUUGGUCUAGUGAAUGCGCCGGCUGUAUUCCAGACCAUGAUGAACAGAUUGUGCGAACAAAUGAAGCCGCGUAAAGUGAUUGCUUAUCUCGAUGACGUGAUUAUUCCGAGUGCGACAGUGAGCGAGGGCCUAGAAAUAUUGCAUGAGUUUUUGGACUUACUUGAAAAAACAAGUCUUACGUUGAGACGCGAUAAAUGCAAAUUUCUGGCUACUGAAAUAAAUUUUCUCGGGCAUAAAGUUAACGAAAACGGUAUUACACCCGGAGAGUGUAAGGUUAGAGCAAUUCACGAUUUUCCGGUUCCGUCCACAGCAACGAAAGUACGUCGAUUCUUGGGUCUUACGGGUUUCUUUAGAAAAUUUGUAAAGAACUAUGCGGCAAUAGCCAGACCUUUGAAUCAGUUAACAACUAAAAACGCCAUGAAUAACUUUGUCUGGGGUGAAGCAGCGGCUAAUGCUUUUAACUCCUUAAUUCAAUCGUUAACGUGUGAGCCUGUACUGACAUUGUACGAUUUCAAUGCACUACAUGAGGUGCAUACCGACGCCAGUUCUGUCGGCAUAGCAGGGGUUUUCCUUCAGUCAACCGACGAAGGUAGAACAUGGAACGCCGUGAUGUAUUUUAGUAGGCGAUGUACUGAUUUAGAAUCGCGUUACCACAGUUAUGAACUGGAGGUGCUAGCAGUGGUGGAAGCCUUGCAGCGUUUUAGAGUGCAUUUAUUAGGCAAGCCAUUUAGGGUAGUCACGGACUGUGCUGCCAUCAGCAACGUGAAGGCGAAGAGUGAACUAAUUCCACGCAUCGCUCGUUGGUGGAUGCGAUUGGGUGAAUAUGAUUUUGAAUGUGUGCACAGACCUGGUGUGCGUAUGAGCCAUGUAGACGCGCUCAGUCGAUCUCCUGUUGGUGACGAGCGUAAUGAAGACGAAAGCGUAUUGCCGAUCGCUCUGGAUACUGAAGACUGGUUGUUAACAAUGCAAAUACAAGAUACAAAGAUUCGUGAGAUUGUCGACGUGCUACGAGGUACGCGAAAAUCAGAGCAAGUGAAACAUCUUAAAAAUUAA